AUGACUUUAAUUACCAUUUCUCAAUCUUUGGACGAAGCUUACACCAAGCACAAAGUUAUCCCUGAAGUUGUUGAUCAAUUUGAUACUCAAGGUUUGUUAUCAAUUGAAUACGGCCCAACUGAAUUGGUCACUUUGGGUAACACUCUUUCGGUUGAAGGUACACAAGACGUUCCAAAAAUUCAAUUGACUCUUAACUCACCAACUCAAGAUGGUAAGAUUGAAUCAAUUAGUGAAAAUGACAAGUUUAUCCUUGUUAUGACUGACCCAGAUGCUCCUUCAAACAGUGAUCAUAAAUGGUCAGAAUACUUGCACUGGUUAGUAACAGAUUUGAAAUUGCCACACACCAAGAAUGAAGAUGGCGAACCCGAGAUCAGUCAUUUUAUUGACGUCAAAGAAGGAAGAGAAUUGGUUCCAUAUAUGGGUCCAGGCCCACCACCAAAGACUGGAAAACAUCGUUACGUAUUCUUAUUGUAUAAACAAGAUCCAAAUGUUGGUGAAUUGACUGCUCCAAAAGAUAGACCAAACUGGGGUACUGGUGUACCAAGCAGUGGUGUCAAAGAUUGGAUUGAAAAGAAUGCACCAAAUUCAAAAUUAUUAAGUGUCAACUUCUUCUUUGCUCAAAAUGAAGACAAUUAA